AUGCGCAGAAGCAGAGAGCCAGAUAUUGGCAACACAGGAAGUCCAGAGAGUAGUGAGAAUAAAGGAAAAUACCCACAUGGCGAAGAAGGAAGUAUAGCACUUUCUCCUGUUCCCUAUGUUGGAUUGACUAGUAUUGGUCCAACACAUCCGGAUGAAACGAUUCCAACCUCUAUGAAUAAUUCUUGGUUGAUGGAAUCAGAAGUGAUGAGGCGUCGUCAGGAAGAUGAUGAGGUACGACACUAUUUAGUUCAACUUGAUUUACUACGACAAGAGUGUGAACGUGCUGGAAAGUUUCGAAAAGCACAAGAAUGUAUUGAUCGAAUUCGUGAAAUUAAUCUUCGUUAUGCCAAGAAAAUUGAAAUUGAAGCUCGAAAAGUAAAUGUGGGAUGGAAGAAAAAGAUGAUGGAGGAACAACAACUUGAACUUCUUACUUUUCAUGCUAUGUGGGAGAAUAAAAUGAAAGAAUAUGAUGAGGGAGCAGAACUUUUAAGACGUGGACUUCAUCGACAACAAACAAUGGAAAUGCAAUCAGAGGAAGAUGUUAUUCGAUUAGAACUUAUGGAGAAGCGUCCAAGACCUUCAAAGGCUUUAGUAGAUCUUCAAGAUAAGUUAAAGGUGUAUGUGCAGCAAAAAAUGUACAUGGACGCUGAUCACGUAACAAGAGAAAUUAAUCGUCGAAAAAGAGAAGAACAAGAAAAUUUUGAAAAGUAUUUGGAAAGGAAACUGCGUGAGCGUCUUCAUGCGGUUGCGGAACGAUUACGUGUAGAACGAAUGGCAGUAGAACAGCGACUCACAGUGAAUAGGGAGGAACUGCUCUCUCAACGUCGACAAGAUUUUAAUAUACUCACCAAAAAACAUAAGGCUGCUAUUUCUGCUCAAGAACAAUCUAUUUCUCUUAUUAUUACAAAGGCACAAGAUUGUAUUCAUCGUCAAGUAAAAGCGUAUAUUAAAGAUCCUGUAAAAACAGGAUUAGACCUUAUACACUUAUCAGAAGUAGCACUUGGAGGUGGUGGACAACACCGCAGUGGGAGUGUCAAUAGGAAGAAGAUAGAGUGGGGUGCAAGUGGAAGGGAAGGGACUUCUUUUCUCUCUGCUAGACACCGAGAUGCUUCUUCUAAACAGUUUUCUUCAAUACAGCAGUCUCCUGUUCGUGCAGCGACAUCUAUUCGGCCUCCAUGGCAAGACUAA